AUGAAAAUCUUCAGUCUUAUUUCACUCGCCGCUAUUUUAAAUCAUCUGACGCCUAUACUUGCCGCUCCGGAUUAUGAUUGUGGACCAGCGCGUAUUCCUGGGAGUCGCAUACAAAGUGCUCAUGAUGAGGCCCACAGUUUGAGACUUCAAACUGCCACUCGUAGUUACGAACCCGAUGAACAAUUUAUUAUAGCAACUUACAAACAUCAACAUCGGGAAGAUACAGAAACUGUAGAGUUCAUAGUCAAAUUUGGAUGUACAAUUGAAAAGAAAAUUAAGUGGGUAAAAGCCUUUGCUAAAGGGGAAUGGUAUCAUUGUGAGCCAGCAACAGUGGAGCCAUAG